AUGGUUUCAUUGCGCAUGAAGCAAUUCUCGCUCCUCCUGUGGAAAAAUUUACUUUUGAAGAGGCGGAACGUGGUUGGCUUAGUGGUGGAGAUCCUCUUGAUACUUCUAUUCUUUGCAUGGACUUUGACUAUGCGCAAAAUUUCGAAGAAGACAUUUGUUCAUGCUAUGAUUUUUAAUCCUCUUCCCCUGACAGUACCCGAGUUUGUUAAUAAAAAGUUUGAAUAUGAACUGGCUUAUGUGCCUUCUGGGAGUGACGCGGCAAGAAAUAUGACUGAGAUGGUGAAAAAGGAUUUAAAUUUCGACUUUAAAGUUCGAGGCUUUUCUUCAGAAGAAUCUUUUGAGAAAUACAUUAAGUAUGAAAACAAGUCUUCAUAUGUGCUGGCUGGUAUUGUGUUUGAGCACAUGUUCAAAUCCAACACUGAACGCUUGCCACUUCAGGUAAAAUAUAAUUUGCGUUUUGGUCAUCUCUAUAAUCCCAAUAAUCCCUUAGUGCCAUCUGAGAACCAGAAAGGAAAGGACUGGAACACAUCGGUUCUGUUCCCAUCCGAGCCUUCUCUAGGACCUCGAAGAGCUUCUGAAGACGAUGGGGGAGACCCUGGAUACAUCAGAGAAGGAUUUCUUAUUGUGCAACAUUCUUUAGAUAAGGCCAUCAUGGUGUAUCAUAGUGGCAGAGCAGCUGAAGACAUGUUUGCUAACACCACCAUUUAUGCGAAGAGAUUCCCAUACCCUGCUUUCAUUCGUGACAGUUUCUUGUGGACUUUCAUAUUUAUGUUUCCUUGGACAAUUUUAUUUACAUUUACUCAAAUGGCACUUGUCAUUGUUGGGACCAUUAUGUUGGAAAAGGAAAAGAGAUUAAAGGAAUACCAGCUCAUGGUGGGACUCAGUAAUACUAUGCUCUGGGUUUCAUAUUUCGUCACCUUCUUAUUGAUGUAUUUCAUCAUCAUCUGUUUGCUGUGUGGGAUUUUAUUUCUCAAGAUUACACAUGAGAGAGUCUUUGAACACAGUGACCCACUAUUCAUCGCCUUCUAUUUCCUGUGUUUUGCCAUCUCCUCAGUGCUACUUGGCUUCAUGAUCAGCACAUUCUUUAAUAAAGCUUCUCUGGCCACUUCUAUUGCAUGCUUCCUCCAUUUUCUCACAUUCUUUCCUUACUUAAUCAUACUUCCGAUAUAUGAACAAACAAGCCUCAGCGGGAAGCUGGCUCUCAGUCUCAUCACAAACACAGCGCUAGCUUUUGGGACUGACAUAAUAUGCAAGAUGGAAAUGAAAGGUGAUGGCGCUCAGUGGUACAACUUUGCUACAAAAGUAAAAGCCGAUGAUGACUUAACUUUGGCUCAUAUAAUAGGAAUGUUUUUACUUAGUGCUUUUCUGUAUGGCCUUGUGGCCUGGUACAUAGAUGCUGUCUUUCCAGGGAAGUAUGGUGUGCCCAAGCCGUGGAACUUUUUCCUGCAGAAAACCUACUGGUUUGGAGAGAAAGCCUCAUACAACGAAGAAGAGAGCCAAAUCACUGAUUUACCCACAAAUGAUUUUAUUGAGCCUGAACCUAUUGGCUUAGAGGCUGGAAUCCGGAUUCAACAUUUAUACAAGGAAUUCACCUUAAAAAACAGUACCCUGAUGGCGGUAAAAGACUUGUCUUUGAACAUGUACGAGGGACAGAUAACAGUUCUUCUAGGACAUAAUGGGGCAGGAAAGACCACCACCUUGUCCAUUCUCACAGGUUUAUAUCUUCCUACCAGAGGAAAGGUCUAUAUUAGUGGAUAUGACAUCUCAUCUGACAUGGUUCAAGUUAGGAAAAGCAUGGGCUUGUGUCCCCAGGAUAACCUGUUGUUCCCCAUGCUGACAGUGUCAGAACACCUUCAUUUCUACUAUGUGAUAAAAGGAAUACCUCCAAGUAAACGAUACAGAGAAAUUCACAAGAUGCUCACUUCUUUUGGCCUGCUACAGAAAAGGGAUACAAUGUCAAAGGAUCUGAGUGGAGGGAUGAAGCGCAAACUCUCAAUCAUUAUAGCUCUUAUAGGGGACACUAAGGUGGUGAUACUUGAUGAGCCAACAUCUGGCAUGGAUCCAAUCUCAAGGAGGACCACCUGGGACCUCCUUCAGCAAUAUAAAGAGAACCGUACCAUCCUGUUGACCACACAUCACAUGGAUGAAGCUGAUGUGCUGGGUGACCGCAUUGCCAUCCUGGUCAUGGGGUCCCUGAAGUGCUGUGGCUCUUCGCUUUUCCUGAAGAAAUUAUAUGGUGUGGGAUAUCACCUAGUCAUGGUGAAGACUCCUGAAUGUGAUGUUGGAAAAAUCUCCAAGCUGAUUAGGGAUUACAUACCAACUGCUGAGAUGAAGACAGAUGUUGCAGCUGAAUUGUCAUUUGUCCUGCCAAAGGAGUACACACACAGGUUUGCAGAACUUUUCAGAGUCCUAGAAGAAACACAAGAAGAGCUGGGCAUCACUGGCUUUGGUGUCUCCAUGACUACCAUGGAUGAGGUUUUCUUCAAGGUCAGUAAUCUUGCAGACAUGAAGUUGAAUACUGAGAUUGUCCAACCAGCUUCCACAGUGGACCAAAGCAUAAGUGAAGCUAACCAGAAUAUGAAUGUGCCCAGAAAUUUUGAUAGAUCAAAUUAUCCAGGAGGACACUCUAAUUCUUCCUUCAAUACUGGGUGGGCUCUUUACACCCAGCAGUUCCGAGCCAUGUUCAUCAAAAGGGCAAUGUUCUCUUGGCGCAACUGGAAACUGCUGUUGUUGCAGUUGCUGGCACUUCUGGGUCUCAUGUACCUUCUGAUGAAAGGCAUAAGCUUCUCAACGCCUAAAAAGCCUGCCAGGGUAAUGGACUUGGAGCAGUAUGGCGAGACCACUGUGCCUUUCUCAGUUUCUGGAGAUCCUGUUUUGACCCAGAAUCUCACCAAAAAUCUUGAGAUCAUGUUAAAGGCUAAAAACCAAAAACUUCAUAAAGUGCAAGGUGAUAUGGAGGACUACUUGCUGAAAAAUAAAGACUGCAUUUACUCAUGCAUCGUUGCACUUUCCCUUGAUGUGACUAAAGACCAGAAGAAGUUCACCUUCUGGUUCAACAAUGAGGCAUUCCAUUCACCAUCCUUAUCCUUGUCAGUUUUAGACAACAUUAUUUUUAUGUCGCUCUCCGGCCCGGAUGCCACCAUUACUGUCUCCAACAAGCCCCAGCCUCAUCGUGAGCAAAAGUCUGAGAAAAGAGGCAGCUCAGGAAUCCAGAUAGUCUUUAACUUGCUCUUUGGGAUGAGUAUUUUCACCAGUGGCUUUUGCCUUAUGACUGUGACUGAGAGAGUUAGUAAAGCAAAACAUAUCCAGUAUGUGAGUGGGGUCUACACCUUUAAUUUUUGGCUUUCUGCUCUGCUGUGGGAUCUCAUCAUCCACUUUGUUGCCUGUGUCCUACUGCUGCUGGUGUUCCUAAUCACUGAUGUAGAUAUAUUGUUGGAGAAGUACCACUUCCUGGACACGAUGUUCAUCCUCAUGAUGUUUGGAUGGUCUGUCAUCCCUUUCAUCUACCUGCUAAGCUUCUGGUACAACAAUAGCACCAGCGCCUAUAUCAAGAUCUUCAUCCUCAACCACUGUUUAGGGUUUAUGAGUAUAAUUCUAUACGAUGUGAUAGAGAUGAUACCAGACAUUCCGACCCGUACUAGGACAUUCAUAGUUAACUCGCUGUUGCUGUUACCCAUUUAUAACCUUGGGAUGAGCAUCUACAAAUACCAUUACAUCCAAAAUAUGAAGAAAUGGUGUUCUUCAAAAAAUGUUACUAACACUGAAUUGUGUUUAAACAAAAUAAUGAAAAUUUCCAUAUACAGUAUGGACAAAAACGCAAUUGGAAGGCACGUGACUGCCAUGGCUGCCACAGGAGUGCUAUACCUCCUCCUCAUUUUCCUUCUGGAGCUUAGCAUGUGGAAUUUAAAAGCAUUCAUAUAUCGCUAUGUAUUUUUUGGAAUCUAUAAGAUAUUUAGUAAGGCUAGAGUGUCCAAGGAGUUAUCUGGGAAAUCUGAAGAUGAAGAUGUACAAAAUGAAAGGGAGACUAUCCUGAAGUAUCCCCAGAAGGCACUGAAUUCUACUGUGUUCAUAAAAGAGCUCAUAAAGAUAUAUUUUAAAAUACCACCCACUCUGGCUGUGAGAAAUAUCUCUGUCACCAUUCAAAAGGAGGAGUGUUUUGGAUUGCUUGGACUAAAUGGAGCUGGAAAAACUACUACCUUUGAAAUUCUGACUGGAGAAGAGAUUGCUACAUCUGGGGAUGUGUUCAUUGAAGGCUACAGCAUCACCAAAAAUAUCCGAAAGGUUAGGUCAAAAAUUGGCUAUUGUCCACAAUUUGAUGCGUUGCUGGAUUACAUGACCUCUCGGGAGAUAUUGACCAUGUAUGCCAGAGUGUGGGGGGUUCCAGAGAAGGAUAUUAGACCCUAUGUGGACAACUUGUUGGAAAUGCUGUACCUGCGACCACAAGCUGAGAAGUUUAUUUACACUUUGAGUGGAGGAAACAAACGUAGGCUGAGUGCCGCUAUUGCCAUAAUGGGAAAGUCGUCAGUCGUCUUCCUGGAUGAGCCGUCCACUGGCAUGGACCCCUUAGCCCGGCGCAUGCUCUGGAACACAGUGAUACGGACACGAGAGAGUGGCAAGGUCAUCGUCAUAACCUCUCACAGUAUGGAGGAGUGUGAAGCUCUCUGUACCAGGCUGGCCAUCAUGGUGCAGGGAAAGUUCAUGUGCCUGGGUAGCCUUCAGCAUCUCAAGAACAAAUUUGGCAGUGUUUACACCAUGAAUAUCAAGUUCAAAAGUGGCACUGAUGACAGAGUAAUAGAGGAUUUUAAAACCUUUGUUACCAACGUUUUCCCAGGUAGUAACUUGAAGCAAGAGAAUCAAGGGAUCCUUAAUUACUACAUUCCCAGCAAGGACAACAGCUGGGGAAAGGUAUUUGACAUUCUGGAGAAAGCUAAAGAGCAAUACAAUUUAGAAGACUAUUCCAUCAGUCAGAUCACCCUGGAGCAAGUUUUCCUGACUUUUGCCAAACCAGAUAACAUAGAAAGUGGUUCUGCAAAAGCAAAAUCGGUGCCUUGA